AGGUUUAGUUUAAAUAGGGAUGAGGAGGAAGAAGUGGGGAGAUUGGUGAGGAAGAGGGGGGAUGUGUUGAACAUCAUGGACCUCACCAACGCAGCAUGCAUAGAGGCUGCUGAGCUCUAUGGGCCCAGCGCUCUGAGUGAAGCUGACAUGAACCAAUUUCUGGGCACAGCUGGAGGAAAGGCUAUCCCUAAGAAGCCAAGGAAGAAGUCAAGGACUUCGACCAAACAAGUGGAUGAGGGGAUAAUUGGGAAGGAGGUGGUGGCUACUGCUUCAGUUGAGACGGGGGAGGAGGUGCCACCGCUGAAGAGAAAAGGUUGGGAAGAGAGGAGGGCAUUGGAGAAGAAGAAGAAGGUGGUGGAGGAGGUGCAGGGGGAAGAGGUGCCUGAGUUCGUACCUCAGCCUCUUCCUGUUGAGCUGGACCCCGAGCUCAGACAGUUGGAGGAGGGGGCUGAGGUACGGGCUCCUGGUAAGGGGAAGGGACCUGUUACUUCGGCGGUGUCUCAGAGCAGCCUGUUCGAGGCGAAGAACGUGAUGGGGGCUAGGUGGUUUAUCAACAACACCUUCCCCGAAGUGGACAAACGCCACGCGCGAGAGGAGGCUCUGAGAUACGGGGGAGCUUCUGUGGUGAAGCACGUCCUUGAGAGCGCGAGCUGGGUGAAUGGUCUAGCCCAGGAGUUCAGGGAGGGUGUAAAGGCGCGCGCACUCUUGCAGAGGCAGUGUGACCAGCUGCAGAAGGAGAAGGAAAAGCUGGAGAAGAAGAAUAAAGAGAUGCGAGAGUCUCUGAAUGAGGUGGUUCCAGCUAUGAAGCAGUUGGAACAGGAGAGGGCGUCCCUGAGCACCAAGCUCGGCUUUGAAGAAACCAAGCGAAAGAUCUCUGAAAACGAGCAUGAGGCUCUGGCGCAAGAGUUAAAGCUGACAAAGGAGGCUUUUUUGGAGCUGAAGGGGAAUGUGCAGACCCUGGUGCACAAUGGGAUGAAGGAGCACAUCAGCAACUUCAUCAGCUCUAGCUCGUUUGACAACAUCGUCAACCUCUACCGAUUGCCAACUGCCAUCAUUGCCUUCACGGACUGCAGAAAGAAGGUCAAGACUGUUUAUCCCGAAGUGGAUGUAACAAGGAUAACCUUUGGAGAGCAAGAAGCUGGAGUGGAGGAAGAUGGUGAAAGUAUGUCAACAGAGUUCCGCCCAGAAAUCAAACUGAAGUGGGAUCAUGAUGCUGAUGGACGCACUGUUUUCCCUUCGAACUUCGACUUCGAGUUCGUGGCAGUGGAAGGAGAAGGGGCAGAGGUAGAGGAAGAUGAGGUGGAGGCAGGAAUGGGAGGAGCUGGAGUGGAUGAGAGCCAACCAAUUCCAGAAGUGGAGAUUCAUCCAGUUCCUUCUGAUGAUGAUCAGCCUCUUCUGCCAGACGAGCAGCAGCCAAGGCAGCCACCUCUUCCAGCUGAAGAGGAGCUAGUGGAGCCACCUCCCUCAGCAGAGAAUUAACUUCGUUUUGUUGCUUUUACUUUUUUGUAAAACAUUGAAAUAGUUUGUAAUACUUUUAUUGCAUUAAAUGAAAUUAUGUUUGUGUUUAUGUUUGGUUUAUAUUUUUGUUAUGUUUUAUGAAUGAAAGAACUGAGUAUUU